UAGUAGCGGCGAGUUUUAACAUCUACAGGUAAGCAUACUUGGCCUUGGCCAAUGCAUAAAUAUGAGGUAAAUGGAAAUUGGCGCCAUCAGUUCCUUGGUAUCAGCUUAGUUAGUGCUCUGGUGCAGUUGCUACCGGUCGGUGUAAGAACUGCAGUGACUUUAUAUUUCUAUAAUAGCGCACUUUGAAAUAAACUAUUUAAGUACAAACAAAUUCGGCUAAAUUUUACGGAAACUGUGUUUAAAACAAAUUAGCAAAUAACGGAUACCGACUACUGUGCGUGCUGCCAAACUAUUCUGCGUUGGUGCGCCAUCUAGUGAGAAAUUCCGACGCAUUAAACCGAACGUGACUUGGCAUCAUUUUUCCCUUUUGUGGCAGCACUGGUAGCGUGGGUUUUCAUUUGAAAGAAAAAAGUUCGUAACAUUUGAAACGCUUGUUAUGGAAGACGAUUUUCAAAUCGAAUUCAUGUCGCUGCCACUUGGAGAUCUCCAGGACCACUAUGGUAAAUUGUUUGAACGUUAUCGCCAAAUGCGUGAUGACGCCGAGGCGGACACUCAGCGUAUCUACGAAUUGAAGCGCAAUCUGGAGACGGCGUAUGCCGCCGAAACUUAUCUGUCGCAAGAAAUUGACGAGUUGAUGCAGACGCUGGCGUCUAUUGAGAAGGAGAGUAAGGGACACACAAAAGCACAGAUCGAGCUGGAAGAUUUGCGUAGACAACAUCACACAUUAACUGUAGAUUACACAACAUUGCAGCAAGAUUAUGCCGCGCUAAACACGGAAAAUGCCGAAUUGCGGAAACAAUUAGAAACGGCCAAAUCGGCGAAGAGGUUGAGCUCAUCAUCGUUGAUGGGCUCGGGCACAGAAGAACUCACGGAGCGUAUAGCCGAUUUGGAAGGAGAAAAUUUCGCUUUAAUGCAAAAACUGGAAGAUUUUCAAGAAAAUGCUGUGAAGCAAACAAUGGCAUUGGCCGAACGUGAGAGUAACAUAGAAAUUUUACGGGAUCAAGUGACAUGCUUGGAAGAAAAUUUGCGUUCAAAGCGUGAUGAUUUGGAAGAGAAGACGACCUUGCUUGAGAGCACGCAGGAACAACUAGCAGAUGUUAAUUCUCGUUUGGCUAUGCUGGAAAGCAAGCCAGAAGGUGUUGACCGCAAAGGUAAUUCACUCUUUGCCGAGGUAGACGACCAGCGACAGGCUAUGAAGAAACUUUUAGCUGCACAAAAGAAAAGCUAUAUGGAUAUGAAAAAAGUUUUCCAUGACAGCCAAUCGGAAGUCAGACGUCUGAAGCGUGAAAAUAUAGCAAUGCAUACCGAACUCAGAGAGUGCAGUUCUAUUUUCUGUGCAGCCGACCGUACAUAUCAGGACAAACUGAACGAACGCAUUCACCAGUUGCUCAACCAAGUGGAGGGUUUGGAGAAGAAAUUGAGUGUGACACAUGAUCGACUACGUGAUUUGGCCACCGAUAAAGGUGUUGCGUGGAUUGAUUCGAUGCUGAAUUUUUGCAAACAAGAAACUGAUGAUCUCAAGAAACAACUACACGCCGUACGAAUUCAGAAAGCCAGUUUGGAAGAGCAGUUACGGAACGUGCAACAGGAGAUGACACGAUGGCGCUUUGAAGCAUUAAAAACGCGUUGCGUACUGCUCGACCGAGAGAAUAUUUUGAAUGAGAAUGGCAUCCCAUUCAAAGCUGUCCACGCAAUGGAGUUGAAAAUUAGUCAAAAAGAUCAGGAAAAGGCGCGUCCACGCAUUGUACACGGCUCACCUGGAGCCCCACAAACGAGCACACCUGUCGAAAAGAAAUCUCAGAUGCUUGGCGGGCCAUUGCUGAUCUCUCCGUUGGAACGUACUUCAGCAAUAGCCAGCACAUCACCUAACAUUUUGCCGAAUAUACAGGAGGAAAACCUAGAACUUAAAAACCAAGAAAAACUUAUUACAUUACCGCCCAAAAUAGAAGUGGAAUGCUUAUUAGAACACACAGAAAUGCCAAUAAAACAAGAGGAAACGGAUGUAUCUUUACCAGAUCAAAACGAUAGUAAAAAGUCAAAAGUAAAAGUGGAAUGCAAAGAAAACAUUGAACUGCCACUAAAACAGGAGGAAGCAGACUCAUUUUUACCCGAUCAAAGUGAUACUAAAAAGUCACUACUGCAUGAGCUUACGACAGACAACAACAGCUUGACAAAGGAACUAAAAAUACCGCCUACGAAAUGUGCCAAGAAGACACCUCCAGGUUUAGAUGCUCCUCCCGGGCGGUCGAUUCUUUCAAAGAAACGCGAUCCUUUAGCUACUAUACAGGAUGUCGAAAAAAAUGUUCAAUUCAGUAGCCAAGAUCCGACCGUUCACGAAAUCAGUGCCAAUGUCAGCAUGGGCCAGGACACGUCAAGCAGUGAUGGUGGGCAUAAAGAGGGGAAGCACAAGGCUUACAUUAAGCAGAUGCGCACAAAAUCGAAUGUUAUUGUGCGCCGUGUAAUUAUGCCUUCUAAGCGUGAAACAACCUAAUGGCCAUUAAGCAUUCAUUCGCAUUCAAGAUUUAUAUUAUUUUGCAUGGAUUCAAAAACAGGUGUAUAACUUAGAGUUGAAAUGCGACAUUGGUUUUCAGCCGUUUGAUAAUGCACCGCUUUAAAACUCUAAUUUAUUUACCUUUGUUUGUGAACCCAAUUAUUUAUUUAUAUAUUUUUUUUUUUAUUCUACUUCCCCAAUUUUAUAUUUAUCUUAACGAUUCUCACAAACUGUCGUCGUGUGAAGCCAAGGAUUAGAUGCGUGUUUUGUGAAAUUAUUAAUUUUCAAUUGCAUUUAUAUUUGUUGAAGUUUUUCGCUUUGUAAUAUUGGAACACUUUGUGAUAAUCGUUGCAUAAAUAUUCACUAAGAUUUUAGCUGAAAUUACAGAUUUUUUAAAGCAUUGAAGUAAAGCAAAAUAUAUUGGAAUCUAGAUUUUUAAUAUUAAGCUGUGUAGUUAGAUAAAAAUCAUACGAUCUGUGCAUAUAUGUAUGUAAAUAAAAAGGGCUGAUAAUUACCGUUA